GUCUACAACAUGAAAUUAAUUAGUCAAGAGCAGCAAGCCGGUUAAGCAUAUACACACUCCAACAUUCCUUCAAGGUGUUUGCUUAAAAGCUCUGUCACUUCAAUUCUUCCAUCACCCUCAAGCUCACCACAUGAAAAUGGCUAGCAGAAAUAAGUGCUUGAUUCUGGGAUUUACUGUGUUUUUGUGGGUUGAAUUAUACGCUCAAUAUCCUCAUAUUGACCAGAAUGUUACAUGCAGGUUGUUGCGCAAAUUUAAUUUGACUGGAUAUGUAGAAGUUGAAAACCAUUCUGUUGUUAUCGGAGGAAUAUUUCCUGUUCACUAUAGGACCAUGCCAACAAGUGACUCUGAUGAGGAAAUAGAAUCACCCAUGUGUGAGGGGUUUAAUUUCCGGGGUUUCCGCUGGAUGAAAACCAUGAUCCACACCAUCAAGGAGAUUAAUGAGAGGAAGGAUAUUUUGCCCAAUCACACUCUGGGCUACCAGAUCUUUGACAACUGUUUCUCCACCACCAAAGCAAUGGAGUCAUCUUCAGUGUUUCUAACAGGGCAGGACGAAUACAAAUCUAACUGGAGAAACAGCACUGGAAAAUUUCUAGUUGGAAUUAUUGGAGCAGGAGGAUCAACUAUGUCAGCUGCUGUUUCAAGAAUUGUAGGGAUUCAUAAUGUCCCUCAGGUGGGAUAUGCUUCUUCCUCCUCAAUUUUUAGUAAUGAUAUUCAAUUUCCAUACAUUCUACGCACAAUACCCAGUGAUAAAUUCCAGUCUGAGGCCAUCGUGAAUUUAAUUAGACACUUUGGUUGGGUCUGGGUAGGUGCUAUUGCAUCUGAUGAUGAUUAUGGAAAAUAUGGAGUGAGAUUCUUUAGGGAAGAAAUGGAGAGGGCCAACCUUUGUGUUGCUUUCUCUGAAACCAUUCCAAAAGUCUACUCCAAUGAGAAAAUGAAAAUAGCUGUUGAUGCAGUAAAGAGUUCCACUGCCAAAGUCAUUGUGCUUUAUGCAACUGACAUUGACCUCUGCCCCUUUGUGCUGGAAGUGAUUCAUCAUAACAUAACUGACAGGACAUGGAUAGCCACCGAAGCCUGGAUUACCUCAGCUCUCAUUGCAAAGCCUGAGUAUUUCCCCUAUUUUGGUGGAACUAUUGGAUUUGCAGUACCAAGAAGUGUUAUACCAGGACUAAAAGAAUUCCUUUAUGAUGUACACCCUAGCAAGGAUCCAAAUGAUGUCUUGACCAUUGAAUUCUGGCAAACUGCUUUUAACUGUACCUGGCCCAACAGCACUGUGCCAUACAAUGUGGACCACCGAGUGAAUAUGACUGGUAAAGAAGACAGACUGUAUGACAUGUCUGAUCAGCUCUGCACUGGAGAGGAGAAGCUGCAAGAUCUGAAAAGUACCUAUCUGGAUACAUCACAGCUAAGAAUCACAAACAAUGUCAGACAAGCUGUGUAUCUUUUGGCUCAUGCGAUAGAUCGUUUUAGCCAAGCUGACAUAAGAGAAGAAUAUAGGGAAAGUGCAGUACUUGAAAAUAAACCUGACUUUGAGUCUGGAAAGCUAUGGUUGUACUUGACAAAAAUAAAAUUCAUUACCCAUGAUGGAAAGAAAAUAGAACUUGGCAGUAAUGGAGAUGUAUUAAAUGGAUCUUAUGAUAUCCUCAAUUGGCACAUGGAUAAUACUGGAGAAAUAACCUUUGUCAAAGUUGGAGAAUACAAAUUCACAAGUUCAAAAUAUGAAUUUGUUCUUCCAAAGAACUCAACAUUAUUUUGGAACACUGAAUCUUCAAGGCUUCCAGAUUCAGUCUGCACAAAAGUGUGUCCUCCAGGGACUCGGAAGGGGAUUCACCAGGGACAGCCCAUAUGCUGCUUUGAUUGCAUCCCAUGUACUGAUGGAUAUGUGUCAGAGAAACCAGGUCAAAGGCUAUGUGAUCCAUGUGGGGAAAAUGACUGGUCCAAUGCGGAGAAGAACAAGUGUGUGCCAAAGCAUGUGGAAUUCCUUGCUUAUGAGGAGGCCCUGGGGUUCACCCUUGUCAUCCUUUCCAUCUUUGGAGCUCUUGUGGUCUUGGCAGUCACUGUUGUGUAUGUGAUCCACAGGCACACUCCAUUGGUGAAAGCCAAUGACCGGGAGCUGAGCUUCCUCAUUCAGGUGUCUCUGGGAAUCACAGUGCUAUCAUCCAUGUUGUUCAUAGGCAAGCCAUGCAACUGGUCCUGCAAGACCCGUCAGGUCACUCUGGCACUGGGCUUUUGCCUUUGUUUGUCUUCCAUUCUUGGAAAGACUGUUUCACUCUUUUUUGCCUACAGGAUUUCCAUAUCUAAAACUCGGCUAAUAUCCAUGCACCCCAUUUUUCGUAAACUCAUUGUGCUGAUCUGUGUUGUAGGGGAGAUUGGUGUAUGCACAACUUACUUAGUGUUGGAGCCUCCAAGCCUGUUCAAGAACAUUGAACCUCAAAAUGUAAAGAUCAUCUUUGAAUGCAAUGAAGGUUCUAUAGAGUUUCUGUGCUCCAUUUUUGGGUUUGAUGUUCUUUUGGCUCUGCUGUGUUUUGUUACCACCUUUGUGGCUCGCCAGCUGCCAGAUAACUAUUAUGAAGGUAAAUGUAUCACUUUUGGAAUGCUGGUCUUUUUCAUUGUCUGGAUCUCUUUUGUCCCUGCUUACUUGGGCACCAAAGGCAAAUUCAAUGUGGCUGUGGAAAUAUUUGCCAUUUUGGCAUCCAGCUAUGGCUUGUUAGGCUGUGUAUUUCUUCCCAAGUGUUUCAUUAUCUUGCUGAGGCCAAAGAGGAACACUGAUGAAACUGUUGGUGGAAGAGUCCCCACUGUUGACAGGAGCAUCCAGCUGACCUCAGCUUCUGUGAGCAGUGAGCUUAACAGCACCACGGUGUCCACUGUCCUGGAUGAGUAGAGCAGUGAGAUCCAUGUGACAUGCAAAGCUGGAUAAUGGCAUAGCUCAAUCUUCCUCUGAACAUUG